AUGGGUGAACCGAAACCAUUGACUGCUUAUCAACAGACUUAUCACUGGAGGAAUAAGAACUGUGCUCCUUUCGCUUAUGACUGGAUCAAGAAAUCUCUUCCCGGUCUCAAGGUGGAAGAUGGACCUUCAAAUGCUGAGAUCGUGGAUGUUACUAGUGUAACAGGUGAUUGUGACUUAGGUCAACGUAAAGGAAAGAUCCUCACCAUCUAUGAUCUCGAAGUAGAAGCUAAAUGGUCUGGAAAAGCCAAAGAUGGCAGUGAUGUCGAAGGAACUUUGAGAAUCCCAGAAGUCAGCCAUGAAGCUAUCGAUGGACUUUCAGACUACGUAUUUGAAUGGACAGUCACCUCAUCUUCGUCUGGACCAUCAUCCGAAUUAUUAUCCCAUAUCAAAUCAUCUUUCCCAUCUAUAUUAGCUCAAAAGCUUAAUACAUUCCGCGCAGAACUCUUGGCAGCGUAUGGUAAUCCCACAGGAGAUGAUUCUCCUUCUCAAUCAGGAACAUCAACUCCUCAACCUGGUUCAUCCAAUUACGCUCCUGCACCUCCAGCGAAAGCUGUUGAAGUUGAGAAGAGAACGGAAACAGAGUCAAAGAAGGAUGUAGGAAAGACAGUAACGGUAGAAGCUAAAGCGGAUUUACAAGCUUCCGCUGAUGAUUUAUGGGGUUUGUUGACGGAUGAGAAGAAAGUUCCUAUGUGGAGUAGAUCAGCUGCAAAGAUUUCCUUAGCACCUGAUGCUCCUUAUGAAUUAUUCGGUGGAAACGUCCGUGGAAAAAUCAUCUCUGUUGAAGCUCCUAAAAAGCUGGUUCAAACUUGGCAAGCUAGAAGUCCCAGUUGGCCAUCAGAUCACUACGGUACGAUGACCUUGACUCUUAAUCAAGGAUCAGACUCUACAUCUGCUACAUUUACCCUUGAUGGUGUACCUGCUGGAUCCGAGUCGGAAGUUGAGAAAGCUUUGGAUGCAUUUUAUAUCAGAGGUCUAAAACAAAUGGGGUUAGUAAUCUCUUCCUCUUCACGUUCAUUUCCCACUCCCUUAUCAUCGCGAACGUCAAUCUCCUCUUCUACCCGAUCGAAACCCAAAAAACUCCGAAAGAAGUCCUCUCCUCCUGCCAAAGGGUGGUCACCAUCCACCUUGAUUGGAGGGAGCCUAAUAGUCGGUCUGUCGGCGGUGUUGGUCGGGAUAGUUUACACGUCUUUUCCUUCAUCUGGUUCUGGUUCUCGUGCCGGCUCUUCUCGCCCAUAA